ACAAAGCACUCUAGCAGUUGUGUAAAGAAGACAGCAACCGAAAGCCGUAUGGCUUGAAAUGUUAGUUGUUUAACAACUGUUGUUGAUAUAAUUAUUGUUACAUCAGACAUGACAAAUCGCUGAAUUUUGUUCCACACAAUUAUAACUAUCUCCUGCAAACAUCACGUCGGACAAAAUGAGAUCGUCGUAAUUUCUUUCGUCAUAACAAAAAAAAAAAAAAAUACUUAAUCCGUAAUAGAAACAAUGGCGCAAAGUAUUUUGAAUCGUCUGGAACUGUUUCGUAUAAUAUUCAUCAUGUGCCAGGGAGCUGCCUUGUUUGUCUCUGGAUUUGAAACUUCUUAUGCAGGGAAACACACCUUUUAUGCCUCUGAAAAUUGCGCCCUAAAAGAGUUGGCAUAUUCAAACAAAAUUGUACGAUCUCGUGUCAUCUGCGGACGGGAAUGCAGCAUGGAUGAACGUUGCAAGUCUUUUAACUUUAACGACUGCAAUAAAAUGUGCGAGUUGAACCUUGCCACAAGACGAGAGCAUCCCGAAGACUUCAAUGCAACUCAAGGGAGUGUGUACUUUGAUACAGAUGAGGACACACCUCUCUACUCACUGACUGAUAGCUCCUUCGAUCGCUACAGAAGUUGCAAGAUGCUCUUAGAUGCCGGUUAUCGUUCAAGCGGUGUCUACACAAUCCACACAGAGGGAUUCGGUCAUUGCAGUCUACUUGUCUACUGUGACAUGGAAACUUACGGCGGGGGAUGGAUCGUGUUUCAGAGGCGACAAGAUGGCAGCGUGGACUUCUACCGUAACUGGGCCGAGUACCAGUCUGGCUUUGGCAAACUGUCCGGUGAAUUCUGGUUGGGCAAUGACAACUUGGCGACUGUCACGUCUGAUGAUUCACGUGGAACGUGGGAGCUACGAGUUGAUUUAGAGGACUGGGAGAACAACACGGCAUGGGCAAAGUACUCAGAUUUCCAAAUAUCCCCGGGUGAGUACAAUCUGAAUAUUGGCCAAUACGAUGUCAACAGCACUGCCGAUGACUCUCUAAGAUAUCAGAGCGGUCACUAUUGGUAUCGCAGAGGACAUGCCCUUCAAUAUCACAGAGGACGUCCCUUCACAACAAAGGAUCGUGACAAUGAUGCAUCAGAUCAUAAUUGUGCAGAAAAGUUCGCAGGAGCCUGGUGGUUUAAUCGGUGUUUUUUCUCUCACUUGAAUGGUAGAUAUUACCCAGAUACGAAUGCAGGUAGUAACCAGGGCGUACAAUGGUCUGCAUGGAAACGGCGUUAUUCUCUGAAAGCAUGUAGUAUGAAAAUGCGUGAAAUUGGGCCAUGA